AUGCACCACGCAAGCUUCGAUUGCGCAGCCGCCAGCGCCAGCGCGCCGCCACCCAGCACGCCGCCACCGGUGGCCGCCACGGAUCCGCUCUGGCUGGAGAUUCUCCAGCGCGCCGCUGCUGCAGAGGUGGUGCAGGAUGCCGGUAUCCAAUUUGUGCUGCGCGUGGCGGCUCGCCUGCGUGACAAGCCCAAGCCCCCCGCCGCCUGCAGCAGCAGCGGCAUAGCAACAGAGUGGCGCAACCCUUUCCUGCCGUACGAGAAGGGUCUCGGGGUGGCUAACAUUGGGGUAGCAGCAGCCACCAGUGAGGUUGCGCCGGGGUGCCCAGUGGAGCUGCGCAGCCUACCCUUUGCGGGCUUUGCUGCAGCCUUGGAUGUUCCUCAGGCGGGCGAUGCCGGCGCGUACCUUGCUGGUUGCUACCAGGAGCUGCUCUCCUGUUGCCGGACAUUCGUGGAGGGCAAGACGGGGCGGCGUGUUGACGUGCUGGAUGGCAGCCUGUCAUACAACUUAAUUCUGACGACGGAGUUCAUGCUUCUGGUACCGCGGAGGGCAGAAGGCGACGGUCCCGUCAGCUGCAACGCGGUUGCCUUUGCUGGCAGCAUCUUUGUCAAGAGCCUUGAGGAGCAGCGCUAUGUCGAGCAGAGGAAACCACUACACAUCCUCAGCGCAGUGGGGUUUGAGUGGUGA